GAGGUGGGCCAACAGAGAAACUUCAUCAUCACAUGACCAAGAGAGAGAUUCAAUAUUUCUUCAAUGUGGACGAUCAUGACAAAGUUCCUGAUUAUGAAGUCUCAAGUCCGUACCAAUCCAAUGACGAGGGAGAGUUUGUUUCAUAUUCUCUGGAUCCCGCCAGAACAAAACGCAGCCUUGGAUCCGAUGAUUUUUCAUCUUUUAAACUGAAUGCAUUUGGGACAAAACUUCAUUUAAAACUGAAGAGGAAUGAACACUUGAUAUCUCCAGAUCUUGAGGUUCUUCGUGAGAACAGCGAUGGAUCCAUGACGUCAUAUCCAGUACCAGAGAACACGUUCUAUCUUGGACAUGUCGCCUCGGAUCCAAGCUCCACGGUCGCCGUCAGCAAUAAUGGCGGACUGACGGGUAUCGUGAAAACAUCACGUGAUACGCUUUUCGUCCAUCCCCUUCCCGCGCAUUUGGCUAAGCACGUGACUAGCAGUGAAGAUGCAACCCCUCAUCUCGUUCACAGAAGAUCUGUAAAAGAAGAAGUCGUAUCUCUCAAAAACGAUGUCAUGCACGUGGUAAAUGAAGAUCCCUCAGACCAGGAAAGUGGCCGCGUCAAGAGAUCCAUGAUGUCCCAAAGUCCUGUUCCAAAAUUUAAAACACUUAAAGUAGCGCUGGUGUGCCCGCCGUCUCUCCAGGAGAAAUAUUCCAACGGAACCUUACAAGUAAUCACUGGGGGCUUGGUGAACUACUUUAUGCUUCUUUCCAAUAUGGUUGCUGGUAUGUUUCAAGAUCCCUCUUUUGGAAAAAUAAAGAUUACGUACGUCGUCAACAGAAUUCUUAUUAUCGAUCCUACCCAAUAUGGCUUCAAGCAGAGUGACAGCAACAGCUUCAAACUGGGCAGGACAGCCAGCAAGAUAAGGAGAGAGAACGCCAUAAAGAAAGUUCCAUUUGAUGUCUUCAGUUAUAUCUCAGAUAAAAUCGCAGGCGGAGCCCUCGCCAUCGCCAACCAGAUUUGUGCAGCACCUACAGGGAAUGUGAACCAAGAUAUCGGUUUGCCAACGUCAUUACAUCUUGCCCACGAAACCGGUCAUAACAUGUACCUCGAUCAUGACGCAGGGAACUGUGCUAAAGCAUCUUACAUCAUGAAUGCGAGACUUCCAGGAGGACCUCAUGCCACAGAGUGGUCAGAAUGCUCCAGGAACGUCAUUCAGCGUUUCUUAGCAGACGAAAGAAAAUCUAAAUGUUUAGAUGAUGGUCCCGUGCGUGAUCACCCCACAAUUCCCCCCAGUAUAAGAGGCAAGCUUCCCGGGAAAAUCAUUGAUGGCGAUGAACAGUGCGCACUGAUGUAUGGGGAAGGCUGGAGACGACAUAAUCUGGCCAACUGUGGUUACUUACUUUGUAUCAAGGCUGGUACAGUGUUGGGAAGAAAUACGAUUGUUGCAGAUGGAACGGAAUGUGGAUUCGAAAAGUGGUGCAUUAAGGGAAGAUGCGAAUACUCAGGCAUCAUGGAAAAUAUCGUCUGGUCGGAAUGGGGCCCUUACUCUCAGUGUACCCGCGAUUGUGACGGAGGUAUUCAGUUCAGAGAGAGGCAAUGCAAAAAUGCUAAACCUCAAUAUGGAAGACAUUGUAAAGGCAGCAAGAAAGAAUACAGAAUUUGUAAUCCUCAGGAUUGCCCAAGUGCGCAACAAAACUUCAGGAAUGAACAUGGUCAGAAAGUGUGCCAAAAACUUAGACCCAAUUCAAGCUUUUACAACUUCCAAAGAGACGCAUGUCGCAUAUAUUGUAGACAAGGAAAUCGGGUAACACGAACGGCAGUCUUUCACGACGGGAUCAGGUGUACUAACAAUAGAAAGGACCGCAGCGUCUGUGUCCAAGGGAAAUGCAGGUCAGUUGGUUGUGAUAACGUGUUAGACGGAAAGACAAUGCUCGACCGUUGCGGUAUUUGCGGAGGAGACGGAGAUACCUGCGGCUCAUCCCCAAGCUCUUCACUCGGCUACGAAUGGGUGGUUGGGAAUUGGUCUCCCUGUUCAAGGACCUGCGCUGUCGGUACAAGAAAACGUGAUGUUCGUUGUGUUAGGAUAGAUGACAAAAGUCCUGCUAGUAACUCUGCUUGCCCUGGAGAAAUGCCAGAAGUUGAAGAAUGUAACGCGCAACCUUGUCCAGCAACAUGGGCUUUCUCGAAGUGGACGCCUUGUUCAAAGACUUGUGGACUAGGAUAUCAACGGCGUCAACUUAAAUGCUUGCAUGAAGUGGCCUUGGACGACUUCAGAGAAACCAAUUCGUGCUCAGAACCGAAACCCGUUAACAAUGGACCAACCGUGCUAGUCUGCAAUAGAUUCCCUUGUCCGGCCGAAUGGAAUGUGGGGCCCUGGUCUGCGUGCCCCACAAAGUGUGCAGUUAGUAAGAUCCGUCGUGACGUGUCAUGUUCAAGAAUUGACGAAUCUGGAAACCUUACCAUCAUUGAUCCAGAGUUUUGCCGAUAUCUGAACAAACCUCUCUCUGAGAAGAAUUGUACUACGAAUAAAUCUUGUGAACUGAGACCACCCACUUGCCCUCUCAAUGAACAUCACUGCUUAAAUGGAGGAAGCUGUCAACCGGAUCCGUCAGGUUACAAGUGCGUUUGUGAUGAAGGAUUUGCUGGCGUCGAGUGCGAAAUCCUUUUAAACCCAUGUGACAAGAUUCCGUGUUUGAACGGUGGUGAAUGCUCACCGGGAAUAAUUCACCAUUACAAUCAUACCUGCAAGUGCCCACCUCUCUAUACAGGAAGAAAUUGCGAAACUAAGAUAACAGCCUGUAUGAGCAAUCCUUGUUUAAACGGAGCCACUUGUAAUGAUAAAGGUCUCUCAGACGAAUACUCUUGUAUGUGCCCGCAAGGCUACAUCGGCCAGCGCUGUCAAGUCUCUACUUUUUAUCGCAUCGGAUGUUUUGUUCAGAGAAGAAAUGUUGUACCCAAACUGGCUGACCUCAGAAAACAGGUGGAUCUUAGUGACACACAACCCACGAUUAUAAAGUGUGCAGAACUAGCCCAAGAGAAAGGCUAUAAGUACUUUUCGGUCGGGCUGAAUGGAAUUUGCUUCUCUGGUCCAAAAGCUGGUGAGACCUAUUUUACAAAAGGUGUUGCUCCUAUAAAGAAAUGCGCUAGAGGCAUCGGUUCAAGAGCCUCCACUGUCGUUUUUACGUUUGAAUCAGUUCCAUCGUACAAGUCUCUCGGUUGCUACGUAGCCUGGGCCAGGAAGAAACCAAAACCUUUGCGAACUAGAUACAUCAACUUCCGCAAUCAACAGAACAAACAGACCGGAAUCACUGUUGAUCAGUGCUCCCGCGUAGCAAAGGCCAAGGGCUACGCAUACUUUGCCGUGCAGAACAUGGCAGAAUGUUGGUCUGAUGUGAAUGCUAAGGAUACUUAUGAUAACCUUGGUCCUUCUCAAAAAUGCAAAGAUGGGGUAGGGUUGAAGGGAGCGAACAUGAUGUAUCAGUUGGCCGGAUAGCUGGCGCUAGUUUGGUCGUUGAACGGACUUGAUUUCUCUGGCAGCGUCAACUCACUGUUCGAAGGAGAAACUGCUGCAAAAACCUUUUAUCUAACAAGAAUUCUAAUAGAUAGUGUGCUUGCUUAAAUUUUGGUCUUGAGAUUACGACGUAAUUUUAUUUGAUGAUCAACAGAAAUUGACGAAAAUUUUGAAUGCUUUGUAAUCAAAACAAACUGCAAAUGGAAAUACGCAAUAAAAUGUAUUUUCAACCUGCA